UUGAGCCGAACCUUUUUUUAAUAGAAAUUAUUUGCUCAGAAAGCCGCGGAUCUUCACAGGGCCCUUCUUAAUGCCGGGGGGCUCAGCCACACCCAGCGAGCUGCUGGUCUCCCCACGAGUGAAUGGGUCCCGGUAUUUAUUCGUUCGGCAUCGGAUGCACGGUGCUCGGUUAUUUGCUAAAGCUAUAUAUCAUGCAUUUCUGUGUUACCACGCUAUAUGAUGAUGUACAAAUGAACCAUAUGUUAACAUCUGUUUAACUUAACUGGACUUUUGUGCUCUAGUUAUAUGCAAGCUACGCGACUGCUGGCAAGAGUGACCUAGCUGCCGAAGGUGCCUCCUGUCGCUGUGCAUUUAAAGACCCCCAUCAUCAGCACAGACCGGCGGCUAUGUCACCUAGUUGAAGGGCGAUAAACUCGGAGCUCGCAAAGACUUGUCCGGACUUUUCGGGGAGUCUCUGCGCCGCACCUGGACAUUUUGGUGACAGUGCUCUCUGGCUGAGCCUCUGUGUCCAUAAAACCCGGGCGACACACAAACUACACCAUGGCCGAGAACUCCAGCAGCAGUAGCAGCAGCAACAGCGGCAGCGGCGCCGAGGGCUCGUCGGAGUGCGUGGUCUCCUAUUACGGACUCAACUGCACCCAGAUGGACUUCUCUAAGAGCGAGAGCGCCCUGAUCGUGGGCAUCAUGAGCUUCUUCAUCACCGUCACCAUCAUCAGCAACCUGCUCAUCAUCAGCGCCGUCGUCUUCUUCCGGCAGCUGCAGACGCGAGCCAACGCGCUCGCACUGUCGCUGGCCGUGUCCGACCUCCUCGUCGGGGUGGUCAUCAUGCCCCUCGCCAUGGUCAAGUCGGUCUACAAGUGCUGGUUCUACGCGCGGUGGCUCUGCAACGUGCAGUUCUUCUGGGACUACUGGUUCACGACCGCGUCGGUGCUGCACCUGAGCUGCAUCGCCUACGACCGCUACGUGGCCAUCUGCGACCCCCUGCGCUAUGCACAGCGGGUGACGCGACGCACCCUGACGUUCAUGCUCCUCUUCUGCUGGAUCGCCUCGGCCCUGCUGUCCACGCCGAUCCUGCUCAGCAUGAGCCCCACGCUGUCCAAGGGAAGGAUCGAGACGGUGGGCUGCCCCGACGACUGCCGCUUCCUCAUCAGCGUGGGCAUCCUCUUCACCAUUGGCAUGUGGCCCUACUUCACGUCCGUGCUACUCAUCAUGCUCAUGUACGGCCGCAUUUAUCGAGUUGCGCGCGGCCAGGCGCGCAAGAUCGCCGCGAUGGACCGUACCUCGUCGGGCCUCGGCGGCGGGGAGGAGGCCGGCAGAGUCGCGGCGAGUCGCUGGGCCAGCAUGAGACGGGAGCACAGCGCGACCAAGACGCUGGGCGCUAUCAUCGCUGCCUUCAUUAUCUCUUGGCUGCCGUUCUACAUCAUCGCUGUCAUAUUCACGAUGGACGAGAGCGUCCUCCUGGCUUACAAAGUGGCCGUGUGGAUCGGCUACAUGAACUCGGCCAUAAAUCCCAUCCUGUAUGCCACCUUCAACAAGCAGUUUCGGCACGCGUUCAAGGAAAUUCUGACCCUCAAUGUGUUUUUGUCUCCGGCGGACAGAAACAAGGAGAUGCAAUGAGGACGUUGGAGAGAUGGAGCUGUUUCCGACGAGGUUUUUUAAAUUUACUUUUUCUGGAAUGAUGUUCAACGUUUCACUCAGUUCCUUAAAGGAGCUCACGGCCCCAAGCUCUGCGACGUGCUUUCGAGUUGUACCGUACGCCAUUCGCGCACGGUGUUCGACGUUUCGCUCUGCGUGCCAGCAGAUUCAAGAUCUUGAACAAGUGGGGGGUUGAGUCUGCAUAACAGCUGUUACAGGCUGCGGGGCUACCUGGAGGAAAGCUGACAGCGGUGGAGAUAUAUCCAUCAUUUUACCGAACACUUUUGCACAUCCACGUCUCCCCACUGACCAGCGUCGUGAAGUGUGGUCAAAUAGCCUCCGCAACCCAUCGCGGGGUCGAGAAGCAAGCCAUCCAACAACAGUGGAUUGGCAAGUGUUCCUGGUCGAGCUCCCAGUCAGUGGACCGAAGCGUCGGACAUCAUGUCGGAGAGCUACGCAGCACGGAGACAAAUACAUAUCUACGCAGUCCAUUGAUUCCACACUUGAAUUACCUGAUGGUGGUCGUGAUGGUGAUGAUGCUGCGUUGGCAGUGGUACACUAGCACAGACAACAACAAUAACAACUCGCACACGUGAAAAGUACAGUAUAUAAAAGUGAAAUUCCAGUCAAUUGUGCUUAUUCAUGGGGCGUUGUGCUGUAGAAAAAGGGUGAUUGCCCGAAACGUCGUUAAUUAUAUAUUUAUUAUUUCAAGGUGUACACACACCGCGUUAUUGUUGCACAUGGUGGCUCUUCUUGUGAACACUUUAAUGGAUCCGAACCCUCUCCUCGUCUGCACUCCCACCCCCCAUCCCAGCCUGAAAGAGGGAGGGGAGCGGGAUAUUUUGCGGGGCUCAGCCCCGGAUAGCUCUGUUUGAAAUGAUGCCCCCGUUGCGAGCGAUGUAGAAUGUACAUGUAUGUUGAACUUCUUUCGCACCGUACGUAUAGCCAACCGUGCUAAUCGGAGGUGCGGGGGAACACA